AUGGCCGCAGAUAUUUUUAGCCUCCUCAGCUCAGCAGAAGUGGACUCUGGACCAAGUAGCGUUUUCGCUGAUACAAAAUCACUCGCGCCGUUUGAUGUUGCGACUGCGAAGAGCCUCUUUGCUGCACGGGCGGACGGACCUAACAGGUACUUCCCAUGCCGGUGCGCGGACGAAUCCAUUAACCCAAAUUUAGAACCGCGCCCGCGCCGCAACGCGCGCGAGCUGGACGUCCUUAAACUGUUUCCCGCCCCACUCAGUCAUCAGGUCAUUACCUAUAGGCCGUUUGAGGGGAAACAGUACUACGUGGAUCCGACCAGAUAUGGUACAAUAUCGUGGCCAAGU